GAGUGGUCACAGCAUCGACUCUCCACGGCUAGCUAACGAUGCUAACUUAAAGUUCAAAUCGAGACCCUCCAUUGCUAGCCGUGCAGGACUCAAACAAGCCUUUGGUGCCAGGAGAUAAAACAAAGAAAGCCGUCAGACCUGCCUGUGAAGGACGCUUUAACCGAAUAUUCCCGUGCCUAAUCUGUUUUUUCUACCCUAACGCUAGCCUGGCUAUUUUUUGGCAGCGAUCUGGGACGGCUAUGUGGGUUAUUGUGAUGCUAACGCUGCAAGACAGCCAAACGAGGUCAUGCGGGUGCUGAGCGAGCAUUCACGCCAACUUGGUCUGAUUUGAUCUCCGGCGUUGUCAUUUAUUUGUGUAGUAGCGCCAGCGCAACUACAGAUCCAUUUCUACCUGCUUCUGGGGCUCGGUGGUUGGGUCACUUUCCACACAUGAACAACUAAAGCGCCACUUCUGACCUUGGUGUGAUCUCUCACCUCUUCUACCAAAACCCUGCCCACAGGUUAAGUGUGUAUGGAGCAGUGCGAGAGCGCAGCGGCUCUGCUGGAGUCGGUCAGGGAGCAGGAGGUGCAGUUUGAACAGCUGACCAGGGCGCUGGAGGAGGAGAGGAGGAGAGUGGGCCUCCCUGCCACUAGCCCCUCAACCUUGGGUCGUCCCCUCCCUCACACACAGAACGGGCGUUUAGGGGAUGCAGACAUAGAACGACUGAAGCUGACAGACACGUAUAUAAACGGCACACAGUACAGGAUGGUGGACCCCGCACAUGGCGCUCUAGAUGAGAGCUACACGCCAGAGGAUGAAUCUCAGGAAGUGCAUUCAGUCUUUUCCGAAGAAGGAACCACGCGGCGGAUGGACAAUGGGAUGAAGAAACCGAUAUCGCGCACAGUCCUGCCUACUGAGUCAUUGUCCAUCGAUGGGGGCUUGUCAGUGCCUGGUAUGGGUGUCUACAGCGCCACAUUGGACCGUCCUUACAGGCAGCCUGGUGGAAUGGACUACCCCACUGCUACAGUACCCAGAAACUACCACUAUGGUCCUGUGGGUGGUUACGAUGACUAUCGCGGAGGUCCGCCAUCAGAGGCCUACGCUAGUCUGAGCAGGGGUUCACACAUGGAUGAUCGCUACAGGCCAAUGGAUGGCUACAGGACUCUGGACUCUGGCUACCGGGCUCCAAGCCGCCAGCAGCUCGACCCGUACGCAGCACAGCCCCAGGUGGGUCGGGGAAUGAGGGCCAUGGGCUCUGCGAUGGAGAUGCGGUAUGGGCACGGUCACUAUGGUUUGGAGGAUGAUCAGCGUAGCAUGGGAUAUGAUGAAUAUGGAAUGGGGCCUCCACCCAUGCACCCUGGAGGCUAUGGUACCAUGCCACGCCUGGGACCGGGGCCUGGGGGUAUUGAUAGACGAAGACUGAGGAGCUGCGAGGACACUUUGGACAGUGACAUAGGCAGCGUUGAGCCAUACGCCUGGGCCGUCCCGAUGACGAUGGAGAGAGGAAGCAUGGCUUCUUUGGACAGCACAUUGAGAAAACCUCCUACUUCGUGGAGACAGCCAGAGCUUCCGGAGGUUAUCGCCAUGUUGAAUUACCGCCUGGACCCUGUCAAGACCAACGCUGCUGCCUUCCUCCAGCACCUCACAUUCAAAAACGACAAGGUUAAAUCAGAGGUGCGCCGCCUAAAGGGCAUCCCAGCUUUGGUGUCGAUGCUGGACCAUCCUAGUAAGGAUGUGCACCACUCAGCCUGCGGGGCUCUGAAGAAUAUUUCAUAUGGACGAGACCAAGACAACAAAAUCGCCAUCAAGAACUGCGAUGGCGUACCUGCUCUGGUCAGAUUACUGAGGAAAACGCACAACCAGGAUCUCACAGACACUAUCACAGGCACCUUGUGGAACCUUUCAUCCCACGAUUCGGUUAAGAUGGAGAUUGUGGACCACGCCCUGCAUGCCCUAGUUGACGAGGUGAUCGUUCCGCACUCAGGCUGGGAGAGAGGGAACAGCGGAGGAGGAGAAGAAAGCUGCAAACCACGCCAUAUGGAGUGGCAGACCGCCUUGACCAACACUGCUGGCUGCCUUAGGAAUGUGAGUUCAGAACGCAGCGAGGCCAGACGAAAGCUGAGGGAAUGCACGGGGCUGGUGGAUUCACUUAUGUACAUGGUCCAGUCACAGAUCAACUGCAAAGAUGUGGACAAUAAGCUGGUGGAGAACUGCGUCUGCCUCCUGAGGAAUCUGUCCUAUCAGGUUCACCGUGAAAUCCCCGGCUCUGAACAAUACGCAGAGGCCAUACCUGUCAACCAGGGACCGGCUCCAGCCAGCAAGGGCGGCUGCUUUGGCUCUAGAAAAGGCAAAGAUGAGUGGUUUUCCAAAGGAAAGAAGGAUGUAGAUGAUGGAAGUGCAGAUAUGGUUGAUAUUCCAAAGAGAACGACACCUGCCAGAGGUUAUGAGCUUUUGUUCCAGCCUGAAGUGGUUCGUGUUUACACGUCACUGCUCAAAGAGAGCCAGAACCCAUCAGUGCUCGAGGCUGCUGCCGGCGCCAUCCAGAACCUGUGUGCUGGCCGGUGGACUUAUGGUCGGUAUAUCAGGGCCAAGGUGCGUCAUGAGCAGGGACUCCCCAUGAUGGCAGAACUGCUGGCUCAUGGCAAUGAUCGUGUGGUUCGUGCAAUGUCUGGAGCUUUGAGGAAUCUUGCCAUUGACAACCGUAACUGUGAACUGCUAGGUUUGCAUGCAGUGCCUCACCUUGUGGCCAACCUGCCUGGAGCCCAGAAUCAGUCUGGGCGUAAUCUAUCCGAGGAGACGGUUGUGUCUGUACUGAGCACGCUCACUGAGGUGCUAGGCAACAGAUUGGAACCAGCAAAGGUCCUUCGAGAGAAACGAGGCAUCGAGAGCCUGGUGCUAAUCAACAAAGAUGGCAAGCGCUCUGAUCGCGAAGUGCGGGGGGCGAGCCAGGUCCUGCAGCUCGUCUGGGCUCACAAGGAACUGCGCCGACCUCUUGAGAAAGACGGCUGGAAGAAGACUGACUUCAUGGUUAACAUUAACCCAGGCACCACUACCACUAAUGGCCCGAGCACUCGAGCUAACGGCACCUAUGAAGACAGCACUACGCCCCUCCUGGACAGAGGGGAAAAGAGGGACAUGAUUCCCCUGAAUGACAUUGGCCCUGAGGCCUACUCUACACUGGACCAGAAAGAAAGGAGACACACUCUGGAUGAGACCACAGACACUUUACCGCGAGGGGUGUAUGGGGGCAGAAAGGGCUCCCUGCCUCUAUUGGACUCCUACGAUGAAAAACUGAUAGUUUGCAUCACCCAGACUGGGCCGUCCCUGCCCUACCACUGCUACUGAGGAGAGAAGAUCCAGACUCUCCCUCUCCUCUCACCCCUUCCUUACCCCAUUUCUCUCUCUUAUCACCACACAGAUGGGAUCAAAACAUGGGGGCGGGGGGGUUGGCAUCCAAAGAAAGUGGUUGUGUUGCAGGCAAAGACUUUCAAGCAACACGCGCGCGCGCACACACACACACACACACACACACGUGCAAAUUCAGUUGUAGCAGCAGAAAUGUAUUCCGUUUAUAACUUAUAAUUAUUCUGUAAAGGCAAUCACCUUCGUUGACAAUCAUUUGAUUCUGGUGUUGUCCUCCGGCUUGCUUUUCUUUUUUCAUGCUGUUAAUUUUUUUUUUUUUUUUUCUCUUGGCAAUGUUGUUGUCAUGUUACAGCCACCUGACAUUGGCCCUGAUAAGUUUGUAUUUAGACAUUUAAGUAGGGUAUAUACUGUAUAUAAAAAGAAAAGGGGGGUGACUGCAGUAGUUUUGGCUCAUUAAUUUAAGUCAUCCCUGUACUGGGAUCAUUGGGAGGUUGGGACACACCGACAGCCCGCCCUGUAGAUUGAGAAUGUUUAUAUAGGAGUUAUUUUCCUGUCUAGAGUUAUUUUCUCUCAGUUGGGAUGACAAGAAAGGGCAGGUGUGUGUAUAUUUAUCAUACAGUAAACCUGUGGGCGUGUGUGCACGUGGAAAAUGAAUAUGGACCUUUUGAAUGAUUGUUUGUUGAUCCAGAUGACACCACAUGUUUAUUCCAUCAGUCAUGCUGUCUUUUUUUUUUUUUUUUUUUUUUUUUUUUUUGUAAAGUUGUGUGCUCCUCUUCCUGUGAGGAAGCUGUUCUUGUUUUGUUCCCUUUUGUCCCUCCCCACAUGGAACAUUUAGGAGAAUUUCAGCUGCUUUAUUUUAGAUUUUCCUGUUUGGGUUUAGCCAACUAAACCAGCCAACACUUCAGACCUGGUACUGAGAUGAAGCUGUGAACAAACACUACUAAGCCACUAAAAUAUUUCGACAUACAGCUUCAGAAGGCCCUUAACCAUUCCUGUACACCUGCCUGUUCAUCUUUUCUUUUUUUCCUUUGUCUCUUUUUUUCUUCUGGACCAGCUGGAGUGACUUUUUGGAAGAAAUUUAAAUAUAAAAUUCUGUAGCUGUUUUUUAUACAUGCUUGUCUGUAUUAAAACAUUUGGGAGGCUUCUUUACUCAGAGGAGACUCGAGUUUUAACAGGUUGGGAGAGAUACAGGUGUAAUUUAAACUGGGAGGCUGGCAGAAGGCACAUUUUGUUUUUGGGUUUGGUUUUUUUGUAUUUCUUUGUGCGUCUGUUUCUUUUUAUUUUCUGGAGGUUUAUAUGUAUGGGAGUGGUGGAUGAGAGCAUUAUGCAAUUUGUUCUACUUUAUAAUUCCACUUUUACAGCAGAGUUGUUUUAAAGGCAAAAGAGACCAAUCAUCUUUUUUUUUUUUUUUUGUUUGUUUGUUUGUUUGUUUGUUUUUUACUCUUCACACACAUAGUAUAUUUGUACUGUUGCCUAUCCAUGUAAAAUUAUGAUGUACCAUUCAUUACCUGCCUUGGCUCUGAGAAGUUGCUUUUUUUUUUUUUUUUUUUUUUUUAGUGACGUAUGUAACUGGUUGUUUUUUAUAAAUAAAGAUC